CAGAGCUGUUGAAGAAGAUCUUUGUUAGUGUCUUUAUUCAAUUCCUGCCAGUACAUCUGUGUUUGCUUCAAUUAAAAUGGCUGAGAUUUGAGUAAAUUGAGACUUAAUGUAAACUAGAAGACUAUUAUAUUUAAUUACAUAUACUUUUGUGAGAUUUUUGUUUGGAGUUUGUUUCUCACCUUUUUCUUUUCACUUUUUGGCUGUGAACGUUUCAGCCAGUCAGGGUCCAAUUAGCCCACAGUGAAAAGUGAAUAGAUAAAAUAAAAUGCAAGUAUGACCAAAGAAGUACGCACAUCAAUGACCAGAACACAUUGUUUCUAUAAUCACAUUUUUUUAUAAUAUAACUGCAUAGGUUCAGUGUUUGGUAAUUAUAUUCUAUUUGUUUUUGCAGGUUAUCUGUUUCCAUGGUGUUUUAUGGUCUCUCUAUAAAUACCAGUAACUUAAAAGGAAAUAUAUAUCUCAGCUGCUUCUUUUCUGGGGUUGUGGACACUUUUGUGUGCAUAGCCGCCUGGGUGGCCAUAAAGCGAAUACAGAGACAAAUAAUCCUCUUCUCCACAUUGAUGUUCACUGGUAUCAUGCUUCUGGUCAUCCAACUGGUUCCUGAGGACAUGCCUGUUAUGUUCCAGGUACUAGUCUUAAUUGGAAAGAUGGGAGUCAGUUGUUCUUACAGCGUAAACAACCUCUUCUUCACUGAGCUCAUCCCCACUGUGGUCAGAAACAUGGGAGUGGGGGUCAACUCCACAGGAGCACGGAUAGGCAGCAUCAUUUGUCCCUAUUUACUUUACAUUGGCACUCAGAAUAAGAUUCUCCCCUACGUUGUCUUUGGCACAGUCAGCAUCACGGCUGCAGCUGUGAGCAUGUUGCUGCCAGACACCAGAAACAGCAAACUUCCUGAUCUAAUCAGUGAAGCCAAGGCCAUCAGAGGGUAUGUCCCAGAAAAAUAUCUAACAAAACAUUUACAUUAUUUAAAUGAUCAUUCUGCAUCAAGCAAUAAUUAUAACAUUUAAGGUAGCAUAAACGUAAGAUCUGCAACGGAGUAUUUAAAGUCAUAGAUGUCAACAAUGUAGAUUUAAUGUUGGUACAUUUUACAAUCUAACACCUAAAUUAUUUCCCCUCUUUUUUUGAAGCUGCUUUUGUGCCUCUAAGCAAAAGAAACGAAACACAUCUGAAGGCAGCAAUGCAAUGUGCUAGAGUGCC